GAAGAAGAAGAAGAAGAGGAGAUUUGUCAAUGUGUGGAGAGGUGCUUAUCUGUCGUCAGAUGUCGAUACAUCAUUAUGUAAAACAAGCGUACGAAUUACAUUACGGUGGAGACUGAGAAAAGAAAAGAAGACACAUUGCUUGUCUCAUCAAUCAUCUUGACUUCUUCUAUGAGUCCAAUUAAACAAGCAGAUCUUUUCUAAUUAGAGUAAGAAAAAAACAAUGUCUGCAUAUUGUUGUUUAUUCGAUGCUUGUGCCAUGAUCAUUAUCAUCAUGAUCAUCAUCAGACAUUUAUAGAUGAGAUUACAUCAUUUUCUUUAAAUCAAUAUGUGUCAUUUGACAUUAACUAUAUGUAUCUUAUCUUCAAAGUUAAAAGGUUUCGACACGUUCGAAAUAAUUGUUAGAACAAUUAGAAAGGGAGAGAGAGAAAGAGGAAAACUAUAUGAAACAAAAAAAAAAUAUAAAGAGAUUCAUUCUUUAAGUCAAUUCCAUUUAUAUGAAUAAAAAAACCUAAGUGAGAUGCAGAUGGUGAAAGACAAACAUAAUAUUGAAUGUUUAUGUUCUUUAUUUUUCUAUGUUGAUAAGUAAGAGUAACUGGAGAAUAAUUGUCUCCAUUUGAGUCGAUAAAUGCAAUGUUUGCUUAUUGAAAAAAGAAGAAGAAGAAGAAGGAGAAGGAAUGGCGUCGUUGUCGUCAUGUUGAUGUUGACUUAAGAGGGUGAGGCCACUCUCUUCUCUCUUCUAUAAUGACUCGAUGAUUUACUUAGGGCACUAUUCUUCAUUAUUAGUGUUGCCUUUUUUCUUUUCUCUUCUUUUCCUCCAUCAUCCAAUAAGAAGAGAAAAAGUUUCUUUUUUUUUUCCUUCUUCUUCUUCUUCUUCACCCGUUGGCGAUGUUAACAAGGUACUCGAACAAGAAUGUAAAACAUGGUGUCUCAUUCGUAUGUCAACCAAUGAGAUUUUUUUCUUGAAUAGUUUAUCGACAAAUAGGGUGGAUGAGAGAAAAGAGAGUAUCGAUCGUGUCUACAACAAGAAACAAUCUUAGUUUCUUUUUUUCUCCCCUUUCUCUCUUGUUCUUAUGCUUAUUCGUUUAACAACAUAUUAACAUUGCCAACUACCACAUACAAAAAAAAAGAGAAAGGCAACAAACAACCAAAAACACUUGCUUCUUCUUUUAAUUAUGAUAACCGGUCUUAAUCCAUCCGAUACAAUUAAAGAAUCAAAUGUAAAUAUUAAUUCCUUAAUCAAUGCAAAUCCAUGGCGUCAUCAUAAUCCAUAUGUAUAUGAUCCAGCUGCAGCUGUUGCAUUGAUUGGCUAUUCACCAUAUGGACCAUCUUAUUCACCACAUAUGGAUCUAGCUGGUCGAAGAAAAAAUGCAACAAGAGAAACAACUGCUACAUUGAAAGCAUGGUUAUAUGAACAUAGAAAAAAUCCAUAUCCAACAAAAUCCGAAAAAGUUUAUUUAGCUAUUAUGACAAAAAUGACAUUAACACAAGUAUCAACAUGGUUUGCUAAUGCACGAAGGAGAUUAAAAAAAGAAAAUAAAAUGACAUGGUCACCAAGAAAUAGAACAAAUGAUGAUGAUGAUGAUGAUAGACAAGGUGCAGGAUCAAACAGUGAUGUUAGUGAUGAUGAAUGUAGUUCCCCACCAGCACGAAUAACAACACAAAAUCAUUAUUCAUCAGCUCCACUUAUUGUUCUUCAACAUCAACAAACUACUACAACAACAUCAGAUGAAUCUUCAUCAUCAUCUCGUAAACGAAAAUGUGAUGAAAUUGAACCAAUUGAAAGAAAAAAAUCGUCGGGUAUAUGGUCACUUGCUGAUAUGGCCGAAAAAAAUCCUCACCGAUCAUCUUCAAUAUCUCUUCAAGAAAGACAAAAUACGACAAGUCAAACAACAUCAACUAUUGGUGCAUUUAAACCUUUCAAAUGA